UUUUCAAAAAAAAAAAAAAAUCUCAAAACUCAAUCGAAAUGCCUCCAAAAAAGUCUAAAAAGGCGAAAAAAUCCAAAGAACCCUCAGGCCCACCAGAGAAAGUUUACAUACUUCUCACCAUGGAUGAAGUGAAAGCGCAAGAGCAGAAACAUAACAAACGCUUAAAUGAUUUGAGAAUUUGUUUGAAUUUUAUAGAAGAUACCUUUCGACAAAUCGAAGAAUUUAAUGCCCAAGAAUUAGUAACCAACAAAUGGCAAGACUUUCUAGCAUGCAAUCCUUUGCCCAAGCCUUAUCUACCUCCAGAUAUUCGCAUUUUCUUUACAAAACUAAAGUUUUUCGAAGACCAAAACAUGGAGUCCAACAUUGAUUGGCCUUUGGCUGUAAAUGAGCGUAGCAUUCUGGCGCAAAACUUACUGCGCAAAGAUUUGACCCGAGCUCGUUUAAGGGGAAAAAUUAAACCAGAAUUUGGUUGGCUAUAUAAUGAAAAUAUCAAUUAUUCUCUAGAUGUCAUGCGUCGCAUUGAAUAUUUUCUUGACAAUGAUGUGGAGGUGGCAAAAUGCCCCAUGUCUGUAUUGGAAGAUGUGAAGGACAGAAAAGUGGCCAUAGAAAAUGAAGUGAGGGAAUACUUUGAUCGUUAUACCUAUCGUAUAUUGGGCUCGGAAGAGGCUUAUAUGAACUCCGUGGAUGCCAUAUCGGCGGAAUAUUGUUUUUCUGGGGAUAACUUUGAGAUUCACAUAUGGUCCUUGAAAAAUGUGCCCAUACGUUUUUCCCAUCUAGAUGAGCCCCGCCUGGUAGCCAAUUUGCAUCAACUUCAAAUUCUUCUACACAUUCCCUCCACCAUGCUGCACGAAAAUGUGGCAAUUCGUGCAAUUCAUAUGAAAUUCGAUCAUAUAACUGAAUAUGCCAAAAGUUUUUCUCAGGCCAUUACCGUUCCUGUAGAGAACUUAAAUGCUGGCAUUCAAGAUUUACCUGAAUGCCUAACUAAUGAAUGGAGCAUGCAAUGUGAGAUACAAGAAAAGGUACGCCAUGAAUUGAUGCAAAAACGCCAAGAAUAUGAAGUGAAACUAAGAGAGUAUGAAGAAGCACAAGCCAAAAAGGGUAAAAAGAAAUCGAAAGAUGAUUCAAAGGCAAGCAAAAAAUCAAAAAAGGAGAAAACUUUAAAACCGCCCAAAGAGCCUCCCCUAAUUGAUGGCAAUACUUUACCAGAUGUUUAUGAUGACUUUAUGGAUGAAGAGCAAAAACAAUAUGAGGAUUUCAUAAAUUUGAUUUAUAACCCGGAAGUAUUGGAUUUGGAUAGUGACGAGAUCAACUUAAAAAAGUUCCUUAUUUUGGGUGGCAUCUAUCAACUCUACUAUGUGAGCAAACCUCCACAUGUUGAUUUUAAUUGCCAGGGUUUUAAUAUGACCUGGCACUUGCAUGAUUCCAAAUUAGAAAUAGAUAAGGAUAUGUUUAUACCAGCGAAACCCUCGUAUCUUUCAAGACGCUCCACCCGUCUUAUGAGUAUGGCUAAUUUAAGACGUUUAUCGCGCAUGGAACAACCUAAAGAUUCCACAGAUCCUGAGUGUCCUUGGUUUGUAUUGACAAUCAAGUUGCCGGAGUAUUUGUGCCAUUGGGGAGAGCCCAUUGCAUGUCAUUAUGAGACUGUGGAGAAGGUCAUUGAGGAAGAGAAAGACCAGUCAAUCGUAGCCAAGGAAGGCUCUAAAAACUCUAAGAAAACCAAAAGACAGUUAUCGGCAUUUUCAUUGACUUUAUCCACCAAAGACCAGACUUCAAGAGUUUCUCAAGCAAAUUUCCAUAAGAUUGCAUCUUCUCCUGAAAGAAAAAGCUCUUUACUUAAAGUAGCUCCUCGAAGACUUGGUGCCUCACAACGUUUCUCGCAAGGGAAUUUUUUUCAAUCUUCCCUUUCGCUGCGCCGAAGCCUAGGCGAUGCCAGAGCCUUUGGUAAAGCUCGCUCCCAGGAUGGCACCUUGAAUAUCCGGGAUUUCUAUUUGACUCCUUUAUUGAACAAAGCUCAAAUUCGCCAUUUGGAAAGACAUUGUAUGUCACGCAUGAUUUCAUCCUUUAAAUUUCCCAUAGAAAUACAAGAAGAACAAUUAGAGGCCCUGCAAAAAAGGACCAAAACCAAAGGAGGUAUUUUGGUACGUAAAAAAAUGGAAGAUGAUCAGUUGGAAAAAGAAGAUUUCGCCUAUAAUGAAUUUCAAAAUAAUCCAGAACGCUUAUUUGCGUUAUAUUCUACGGCUGAGAUAAUAAGAGUUAUGGAACAAAUACAAGAUUCGGAGGAAGAUGGUUUGGGAGACAAAGAAAACUUGCCUCCCAAAACUUUUCUAGAUCUAAUCAAACUUCUCAAUGAUAUCAAGAAGAAAUAUAAAAUGCGAAUUCGCAGUAUUUACGAGUUAAAGCCUUUCCAAUCUAAAAUGAAAUGGCGCAAUAAGCGCCUGAAACAAUUUUUCAAAAACUAUGAACGAAAACAUUUACAAACCUCAGUUACCAAAGAGAAAAAAUCGGCUCAGACCAAAACUGAAGGUAGACAUGUUAAUAUGAGAAGUCAUAUUGAAAGUACGCCUACGCUUACCAAGGCCAGAGAAAGUGGUACAGAUUUGAAGAAAAUAGCUAGCAAAGUUCAAGUUGUCGAGGCUACAGCUUUGGAACUUGAAGAUUUUUCACCUCAUGACCCUAACAUGGAGUCUCAGUUGUCUGAAAAUUUUGAGACAAAAAAGCUCAAGACCACUACAUAUUCCCAUUGGACUACUAAACACAUUUUGAGAUCAGAAUUUUAUAAGGAAAAGCGAAGCAUGGUCAUUCAAACGGAUCGAUUGGGCUAUAUUGGUUUUGCUUGUAAACGCUAUGAACAUUUUCCUUUCAAAUAUUGGAGCUUGGAACCCAGCAGGGAAGACCCAGAUAAUGAGGUCAUAUUUACCUUGGAAACACAAUACGUUCGUUGUGUACUCUAUUGUACACCACAUGGCAUACGAGGUCAUGUCACGGAACCCACCAAGAAAUUUGUGCGCAAUCCCAAAAUGUAUUUGGUUAUUGAGAAACCCAUGAAGGAUUACAAGGAAUUUAAGAAACUAUUUAAGGAUAAUAAUUUGAAUAUAUUUGCUGAACAUGAUGCUGGAUUUUAUAUAGAAAAUGGUUACUUUUCUGAAAAGCAUUUGGCCACCGAAAUGCACACUUACUGUUGCAUGGCUAUUCACAGCACUCAAAUGCGAUUCAAUUUCUCACAAUGGAAUCGCUUGGCUAAAAGACGUGAUAUUCUCUUUAAAUUCAUUCAAAAGGAUGAUUUGCCCGAAAACUUGGUCGAAGUACGCAUUACCCCGGAGGAGGCAUUUUUUGUUGAAAUUUCAGAAUUGUGUUCCGAUGAUUUGAAUGUUAUUAAAUUGGAUUAUGCUUUGACUUGGCGAAAUAUAGGUAGUUACACUGAUCUACACCAUUUGAUACGAUCCAUGUAUACCGCUGCCACGGAUAUGAGAUGCCGAAAUCCUACAUUAAUUUCUUGUAUAAAAGAUCUGCUGUGUGAGAUAAGACCCUUAAGUUUUUCUUAAAAAUGUUGUUUAUUUGGGUUUAAUUAUAAUAAAAUUGUUUAAAAAGGCUGGCAAGCAAUUUGUCCUACUUUUUAUACUAAUAUCGUCA